UCCAGUGAAACUGCGCCGCUCCCCUCCUCCCCGUUAGCGAGUCCACACAGGCUGAGCCGAGCACCUGUCCGCGCGGAUCACGCCGCGUCACUGGCCGACGCGGAGCUCUCGCUGAGACCGUUGAAGAAAUUUGCGAGCCGUUUUGUGCCUCUUAUUUUUUCUUUAUUAGCGACACUUUUAGACAGAAGAAUGACGUACCAGAAGAACAAGCACGGGCUCGCAGAGAUCAAAGCGCUGGAGAAUCUUCUGGACACGUGCACACUAGACCUGAAUGCCGUGGAUGAGGUCUGGCCGAACUUAUUUAUCGGUAACGUAGCAAUUGCUCAGAACAGAACCACUUUGAAGAAGUUGGGCAUCACUCACAUCUUGAACGUUGCCCAUUCGAAGCAGGGCAGCAUUGGAGACCAGAGCUACUACGGCGAGGAGUUUGUUUACUAUGGAAUCCCAGCAGAGGACUCCUCCAAGUUUGACCUCAGCGUACACUUCAGGCCCGCGAGUGAUUUUAUCCACAAAGCUCUGAAGAAAAAAAACGGAAAGGUGCUUGUGCACUGCAUUAUGGGAGUGAGCCGCUCAUCUACACUGGUCCUGGCCUACCUCAUGUUACGUCACCGUCUCACUCUCCGCAGUGCCAUCCAGAAGGUCGUACAGAGGAGAGCUAUUUAUCCUAACAGGAACUUUCUGUCCCUCCUUCUUGAGCUGGACACACAGCUGCAGAGAAAACGAAUGCUGUGUCCAAUUCUCUGACAGCACAAUGCUGUCUGUCACAAACAUUACAGUCUAGCGCUGUGACAAGAGACUAGUCAUUGUUUACAUUGUCUAUAAAUUUCUAUUGUGCCAUUUUAAAGAAAAAACAUAUUCAAAUGUAAAACUGUCUAUUUUAAAUUACAUUCUGCUUGGGAUGUAUGUAGAUUUAUAACAAAAUGCUAAUCUUUUGCUUUCAUUGUCAAAGAAAAGUGCUUCCAGUUGAAGAAAAGUUUGAAAGUGUUUGAUUUUUUUAAGGACAUGCAGGGGAGUUUAAGAGUGAAAAUACACGGCAGGAAUAGGCCUCAGCAGGCAUAUUCAAUUCCAGUCCUAAGAAUCAGAGUUUAGCAGAGUUCACAGGGAACUGUGCUCGAUUCUGCCCUCCAGAAUAAGAACUGAUGACCCCUUGUUUAAAGACUACAGAAACAGGCGGGGUGUUUCUCUACUUAACAGUAUAGAUUCAUGACUAGCGCAGAGGCUGUUUAGGACUGCCUAUUAACACAGGUUAUUUUUACUUCUCAGUCGUAGGGGAAGAAAGGCAGGGUUGGCCAGCUGAACUGCAGCUCCCAGGUUUCAGCAGAAACAGAGGGAAAGGUAUGGCUAGGUGAGAUGUCUGAAGCGGGUAGAUUUUCCAACAUGUGCCAGGGAGCCAGCACUAUUUCAGUAAGGGUCAGCUGAGAAUACAAAGUGAGGUCCUUACAUAGACAGAACUUAAAGGGGAUAAACAAAGUCAUUCAGAGUGAUUUGAUGUAAAGUGCAUAGUAGAGAAACGUGCAUUGGUGGUGAUAGGAACCAGGAGCCAUGAUAUCUGCAGUGCAAAUAUAGCCAUUUUAUUUACUUUCUAAAAACGUCCAGUUAACUGCUACUAUGGUAAAAUAGUUUUAAGGCCAAAGAAAAAAAAGAUUCUCUAGAAUGAACUAUUUCACGUGAAGCAACUCAAAAUAUCAGCGGAAGUAAGUCAACUAUUAGGUCUUAAUUAAGUCUCCACACAUUGUAUAUUAUUGUAUGUAUUUCUCUUUGUUGUUUAGAUUUGAGUAAAUACAUUUCAAAGAGUGUAUGAAAUGUUCUGUCAAUGAAGAAAAUGAUGAAUUUGAUUUACAAAGUACUUGAUUACUUUGAUGUCAUAAUCUUGUAAUUCACUUUUUAAAUGGACUAAUUCAGUUCAUUCAGAUCAUUUUUGAUUUGGUUAACCGCUGUUUGUCUUCCAGUGCUUGCCCUCACUGUAUCUCUGUCAAUAAUAUUAGUGAACCUGGAACUGAUGAUGCAUUUCCACACGUUGCAGAUUACAGGAUUCACAAAUUCAUGAUUAAUUAGAUGACGCUGAGGUGUUUCAAACAAAACUGAAAAAAUAGCAGAUUAAAAGAACAGAUAUGAAGAUUUAAAGGAAUGAUUUCUAUAUUAGAAACAGGCUUGUAUUCAUUUCUGUCUGUGUUCUUUCCUACAGUCUAAAAUUACUGCCUCUUUAUAAAAAUGAUAAACUAAGAUGAUGAAUGUUGUUUACACAGUCUGAGACUGAAUUACUCUUUGCCAAAUAAAGUCGCCUUGUCAGGCAUGCGA